GGGCGGCUCGGGCCCUCCGGGUCCCCCGCGUCCCGCCCCUCGAGUCCCCUCCCUCGCCGGCCCCCCGCCCGGGAGGCCGCGGGAGCCCGCUGGGAGGGCGGGCCCGUCGCAGCCGCGCCGGUCGCGAGGCGGGCCGGGAGGAGCUGGUCCGCGCCGCGGGCUAGGAGGAGGCAGAGGCAGAGCGAGCGCGGGAGGUCGCCGCAGCCGGGGACACCGCGCGCCGCUGCCCAACAUGGUCGCUGCGCACGCUGCCCAUUCUUCCUCUUCAGCCGAGUGGAUCGCCUGCCUGGAUAAAAGACCAUUGGAACGAUCCAGUGAAGAUGUGGAUAUAAUAUUCACAAGGCUGAAAGAAGUUAAAGCUUUUGAGAAAUUUCACCCAAAUCUCCUUCAUCAGAUUUGUUUAUGUGGUUAUUACGAGAAUCUGGAAAAAGGAAUAACAUUAUUUCGCCAGGGUGAUAUUGGAACAAACUGGUAUGCUGUCCUGGCAGGGUCUUUGGAUGUUAAAGUAUCUGAGACCAGCAGUCACCAGGAUGCAGUGACCAUCUGUACUCUGGGAAUUGGGACAGCCUUCGGAGAGUCCAUUCUGGACAACACACCCCGCCAUGCGACCAUCGUUACUAGGGAGAGCAGUGAACUGCUCCGCAUCGAGCAGAAGGACUUCAAGGCUCUAUGGGAGAAAUAUCGACAGUACAUGGCAGGACUUCUGGCUCCUCCUUACGGUGUUAUGGAAACGGGCUCUAACAAUGACAGGAUUCCUGACAAGGAGAACAAGUUUUGCUUCCCAUCAAGAUCAAGAGCUCAUUCAGACCAGACACCUCUCAUUGAACCUCACGUUCCUCUUCGUCCUGCUAACACCAUUAGCAAGGUCCCUUCAGAGAAGAUCCUCAGGGCUGGAAAAAUUUUACGAAAUGCCAUUCUUUCUCGAGCACCUCACAUGAUAAGAGAUAGAAAAUACCACCUAAAGACAUACAGGCAAUGCUGUGUGGGAACCGAGCUGGUGGACUGGAUGCUGCAGCAGACUUCGUGCGUUCACUCCCGAACUCAGGCUGUUGGCAUGUGGCAGGUGCUGGUGGAGGACAGCGUUCUCAACCACGUGGACCAGGAGCACCACUUCCAAGACAAAUAUUUAUUUUAUCGAUUUCUGGAUGACGAGCCCGAGGAUGCCCCUUUGCCUACGGAGGAGGAGAAGAAGGAGUGCGAUGAGGACCUGCAGGACACCAUGCUGCUGCUGUCGCAGAUGGGCCCGGACGCCCACAUGAGGAUGAUCCUCCGCAAGCCACCUGGCCAGAGGACCGUGGAUGACCUAGAGAUUAUCUAUGAAGAGCUCAUUCACAUUAAGGCCUUAUCUCAUCUUUCUACCACAGUGAAACGGGAGUUAGCAGGUGUUCUCAUUUUUGAGUCUCAUGCCAAAGGAGGAACCGUGUUGUUUAACCAGGGGGAAGAAGGCACCUCCUGGUACAUUAUUCUAAAAGGAUCGGUGAAUGUAGUCAUUUAUGGCAAGGGUGUGGUCUGUACCCUGCAUGAAGGGGAUGACUUUGGCAAGUUAGCGCUAGUGAAUGAUGCCCCAAGAGCUGCUUCUAUCGUCUUGAGAGAAGAUAAUUGCCACUUCUUAAGAGUAGACAAGGAGGAUUUCAACCGGAUCCUGAGGGACGUUGAGGCGAAUACAGUCAGACUUAAAGAACAUGACCAAGAUGUCUUGGUGCUGGAGAAGGUCCCAGCAGGGAACAGGGCUUCUAAUCAAGGAAACUCACAGCCUCAGCAAAAGUAUACUGUGAUGUCAGGAACACCUGAAAAAAUUUUAGAGCAUUUUCUAGAAACAAUACGCCUUGAGCCAGCUUUAAAUGAAGCAACAGAUUCUGUUUUAAAUGACUUUGUUAUGAUGCACUGUGUUUUUAUGCCAAAUACCCAGCUUUGCCCAGCCCUGGUGGCCCAUUACCACGCGCAGGCUUCACAAGGUACAGAGCAGGAGAAAAUGGAUUACGCCCUCAACAAUAAGAGGCGAGUCAUCCGCCUGGUGUUGCAGUGGACCGCCGUGUAUGGAGACGCCCUACAGGAGGAUGACGUGGCCGUGGCUUUCCUUGAGGAGUUUUAUGUGUCUGUAUCAGAUGAUGCCCGGAUGAUUGCCGCCCUCAAGGACCAACUGCCCGAGUUAGAGAAGAUUGUCAAGCAAAUUUCAGAAGAUGCAAAGGCUCCGCAAAAGAAGCACAAAGUUCUUUUGCAACAGUUCAACACAGGCGAUGAGAGAGCCCAAAAGCGCCAGCCUAUCCGCGGCUCGGAUGAAGUUCUGUUUAAAGUCUACUGCAUGGACCACACCUACACAACCAUUCGGGUGCCAGUGGCCGCCUCGGUGAAGGAAGUCAUCAGCGCAGUUGCUGACAAACUGGGCUCUGGGGAAGGCCUGAUCAUCGUCAAGAUGAGCUCUGGAGGAGAAAAGGUGGUGCUCAAACCUAAUGAUGUUUCAGUAUUUACGACGCUCACCAUUAAUGGACGCCUAUUUGCUUGCCCGCGAGAGCAAUUCGAUUCACUGACUCCCUUGCCAGAGCAGGAAGGCCCAACUGUCGGAACAGUGGGAACCUUUGAACUGAUGAGCUCCAAAGAUUUAGCGUACCAGAUGACAAUCUAUGAUUGGGAACUCUUCAACUGUGUGCACGAGCUGGAGCUAAUCUAUCACACAUUUGGAAGGCAUAAUUUUAAAAAGACCACAGCAAACUUGGAUUUGUUCCUGAGGAGAUUUAAUGAAAUUCAGUUUUGGGUCGUCACUGAGAUUUGCCUUUGUUCCCAGCCCAGCAAGCGCGUUCAGCUCUUAAAAAAAUUUAUUAAGAUAGCAGCCCACUGUAAGGAGUACAAAAAUCUGAAUUCCUUUUUUGCCAUCGUCAUGGGACUAAGUAAUGUUGCUGUGAGCCGCUUGGCGCUCACAUGGGAGAAACUGCCAAGCAAGUUCAAGAAGUUCUAUGCGGAGUUUGAAAGUUUAAUGGAUCCUUCUAGAAACCACAGAGCCUACAGGCUGACAGUAGCUAAGCUGGAGCCUCCUCUCAUCCCCUUCAUGCCUUUGCUCAUUAAAGAUAUGACAUUUACUCAUGAGGGGAACAAGACGUUCAUUGACAAUCUAGUAAACUUCGAAAAAAUGCGCAUGAUUGCAAAUACUGCCAGAACAGUGAGAUACUGCAGAAGCCAAGCCUUCAUGUGGCUAGAGACAACUAAGACAUGACUGCCAAUAAAUCCCACCUCAGACCAACUCUCUUUAUGACUCACUGCUUGACGUUGAGAAACUCACAUCCAUUCCUGAUGACUCAGUUCUAUCGUUUAUAAACCAGGCAAGAUAAUAUUUAUUGUCUCUUGGGGUGUUGCAAGAAUGCAUUCAUGUGUGUAACACAUUUACAAAAGUUCUCAUAGCAGGAAUUCAUAUUAUAUUUCUAGUAUUCCCCGGGUGAAUUUAAGAUGUUCUUCCUAAAUCUGAAUGUACAGCACAAUAACGGGUACCAUACAAUGCUUUAAUAUAAAACUAAUACUACUAAUAAAUAGCAGUCUUAAACUGGUGGGGAUUAAAUUGCAUCACCGCACCAAAUCAUCGUGCUCGACCAGUGCUACCAUCUCCUGGGCUGGGACUUGGGGUGGGGAUGGAGCUUUGGCUCCCUCGAGCUGGGCUGGGAGUCAGAAGGUAGCCCCUAUAAAGUUCUUCGCUAAAUUCAUUGUAUGAGUCACUUGAAGUCAUUUGGCUUAUUAAGCCAACAUGAUAAUUUGAGAUGGACGUGACUGGGCCUACCGGUAACAUCCCUCCCCGCCCCGCCCCCGGUAAACCUUGUGCUAAGAGACUAAAAGUUUCUCAACUCACGAAUCAGAGCUAUCUUUACCCUUCCUAGCCCAGGCCUGGCCCAAAGUGAGGGUUUGCUAACACAGGAUGCCAGACCUGCUAAAUGUUCAUUUGUUAAUGUACAGGGUUGGGGGGGCGGAUCUAGGAAAAAUAAUCUUUACUUGGGGAGCAAGUAGACCUUUAAAAUUUUUAUUCAAAUGAUUGUGCCUCCUCUUCCUUCCAAAGUGAGAAUAGUCUUGUACAUCAUCAACUAUUGCUGUGUGGAUUCUAGAAGAAUUGGGGUGUCUCACAUCUCUUCAUCUUGUAAUUUACUGUCUAUGUAAAGACAUGGCCUUCAAGCUGUUAUAAAGUGAAUAUGAGAAUAUUGAAGUGAUGUCAGUCUACAACGAGGCCCGGUGAAUCCAAGGCCCUUCAGGGCGUCCAGAAAAUUCCUGAAAUUAAACACAAAGUUUUUGUGCCUGAGAGGGUUCAUAGCCUUGAGAAGGUUCUCAAUGAGAUCUAAGAGCAGAAGAACUGCCAUAGACUCUGUUUUGUUCCAUCAGCCUCUUGGGAAGUACAUCCUACAUUCACCUACAUCUUCUCCUAGAGAAGUCGGCAGGGGUGGGAUGGGGAAUUAUAUAUCUAUAUAUAAAAUACCCACUGCAUUUGUUGAAGUUAUCAGUAACUGCUGGUAAACAACAGCUGCUCAGUGCUGAAGUCAACAGUCUAUAGAUAAAGCUAUAGGAAUAGAUUCGUAAACAUUGUGGGGAUAUGUACAAUGUAAUUACAGUAUAUUGUACAUGUAGGGUACACUGCCAGGGAAAAGCGAGGAAUUAAACACUGUGGUAUUAUUUAUAUGUAAUCAUUAUACUGAUGAGUUUCUUCUUAGAGUGAGUAGGGGCCUUUGUAUCUUCUCUCUGUUUUUCUAUGUUCAGACCUGCACCACUACCCUCCACCCCUGAUGCAGAUGGCAUUCCAACUGUCUUUGGGAGUGAUGCGUGGAUCUAAGCAGGAGGCGGUGUGUUAGGAGGGGAAGAACCCCGGCCCAGAGUCUAGACUCCGGCUCUGGCCACUCCCAGUGCCCUGCUCGAUGAGAGCCCCACGCUGGUGAUCCAGGGGGCAGAGGUGGCCCGUGGCCCACCGCACAGGUGCUGGGUCCAGCCAGAGCAUUUCCCCCCUCUUGUUUGGAAACAAUGUUAAGAAACGGAGAGAGUUCCCAGGGGAGAAAUCCAGACCUCUCAUUUCUCGAGAAAAGUAGGAAGAUCUGGCAGCUCAGGGUGCAGAUUGGCAUGUGGCCACAGCGUGCAGGAGUUGAGGAGUCACUUCCAAAGGGAGCUGUGUUUCCAGUUCACCACUGUCAGAUUUGGCCUUCCUCAUUCACGUAGAUCUCUGCGGAGGGCUCUGGGCACUUGAUGCUUCUUUCAGCCCGGUUUUAGAGAAAGCUGUUAACUUCCGAUCGCUCCCAUGCUCACAUGUGUUGGGGGAGUAGGUGAGAAUAGAAUAGUAACUGGGAUUUCAGAACAAGUAGAAUCAGGGAAUUGAAGGUCUAGCGGAAGUUACGACUUCAGCCCACGUG